GUCUGGUCCAGCAGCCGGUGCGUGGUCUGGCUCGCACAUGGGAUCGGCAAGCGCGAUGUAUGGUUCUGGAGCCGGGGUGCAGGUUGCGUCUGCGGAGCCAGAUGAUGGCGGGGCGACAUCGACUACUGACGCUGGAGUUGUACCUGGUAGCAACAGCGGUCCCGUGUACCUGAUGUCCGGCCCCGGCGGAAUGGGUGGGUAUACAUUUGCACCCUGGGAUGGCGGAUACAGGCCGAGAUAUGCGGUGUCUGGUCCAGCAGCCGGUGUUUGGUCUGGCUCGCACAUGGGAUCAGCAAGUGCGAUGUAUGGAUCUGGAGCCGGGGUGCAGACUGUGUCUGUGGCUCCCGGUGCUGGUGCCAGAGUCGCGUCAGGUGGACAGGGCGGUCCCGUGAGCGCGAUGUCGGGCACUGGUGGUGUGAGCGGGCAUGGAAUGUCUGGUCCAGCAGCCGGUGUGUGGUCUGGCUCGCACAUGGGAUCGGCAAGUGCGACGCCAAGCUCCAGGGCAAGAGUGGCAUCUAGCUCGGCAGCACCAAGUGCUGCGCUUGCGACGGAACCGGCUGGACACAGGGCCGCGACCUCAACUGCAGUCUCCAGCACUGGCGCUGCAACCCGGGACAGUAUGGCCACGCCGGGGAAGGUGCACCUGGAGCGCGAAAGGGAUCGAGCACAGGCGUGAGGUACCACAUGCCAACGAUGCCAGCGGCUACUGUGUCGCGGCAAGGUGCUGACGCCCGCAGCGUUGGAGCAGCGGCGUCGAGCCUGGGUACAAGCACCAAAGCGAGGUCGACCGCGAUGGGAGCUGGCAAUGACAAUCGAUUGAGCGUCAACACGACGGCAGAGUCAGGGCAAGGUGCAAACACAGGCCCCGCGGCUGGAGGCGGUAUGGCCGUGAGCUCCGCUGCGAGUGCGGGCGGCAACGUCUCGUCUCAUUCGGGCACCGGGUUCGGGUCUCUGCCGCGGGCACCUGGAGGGGCCACGCCUCCCACGCGCUCGCCGCCGCCGCAAUCGAUGGCACCCGCCGGAUUCAACUCGCUCUCGAUGCCGGUCAACAGCCGCAGGGCUCGCCCACCAGCCGGCUACAACUCCUGGUCCGGCCCGCGCCCAUCGGCUGCGCCAGCGCUCGACGCUAACGCCAUAGCCAGCGUCACUGCUUCCGCUGAUCACCGCAAGGCGGUGGCAGCCUCGCAGGUCAAGCAAGCUAAGCUUUUCAACAAGAUGGCCCAGCUCGAUGCCAAGACCGCCGACGCGCAGCGCAAGGCACACGCGGCGCACAUGGCGGGUGACAAGGAUGCUGCCGCCAAGUAUUCCAAGAAGGCCUCCAAGUCAAUGCGGGAACGCACCAGCGUUGCCAAGGAGGUCGCCUCAGAACAACGCGCGCUCCAAAAGAAGCAGGCCAAGCAUGCGCGCAAAGGACAGUCGGCCAUGGCCAAGGCCACCUCGUCGUCGCGCGGUGAGACCAGUUUGCGGUCGAAGCGUUCGUCGCCUUCCGCCCGUAGCGCCAAGACCUCGUCAAGCACCAGCAGCUCGGGAUCGGACACGUCCGCAACGUCGGCGUCGUCGACGGCGACCGAGGCACUGUCGUCAUCAGCCUCUUUCGCAUCGUCUGUGUCGAACUCGGCGUCGUCGUCGUCGGCGUCGUCGGCGUCGUCGGCGUCGUCGGCGUCGUCGGCGGCGUCGUCGUCGUCGUCGGAUGAGAUGUCGUCAUCGUCGUCGUCUGUGGCUUCGUCAUCAACGUCAUCUGUGGCUUCGUUAUCAACGUCGUCGUCCUCAUCGUCGUCGUCGCCGGUGCCGUUGAGGGCUUCGGCUUCGGCUGCAGCUGCAGAUGGGCCUGGAGUCUCGUCGUCCUCGGAGGCGAGUAAGUCUUCGGAGGACUACGAUGUCACCCAGUCGUCGACACGCGGACGCGGCAGGGGCCGCCGACAUGGUGCCGCCGCCACCGUAGAGUACGAGUAUGUUUACGAGCAUGUCCCUGCCAAGAGUCUCGGCAUGGGCGGGCGUAGCGCAGCUGGCGACUACGAGUACGUCUACGAGGACGUGCCUGUCGGGGGCAAGUCGGCGGUUGUCGAAUACGAGUACGUCUACGAGGAAGAGGUCAUCAAGGGCAAGAAGUCCAAGAGGGGCAAGAAGAACAAGUCUGUCGCCGUCUCGAAGGAAGUCACCUACGAGUAUGUUUGGGAGGAGGCGUAAAUCAUCAGCAUGUACACGAUA